UGCUGGUUUGCUGCUGCUGCUUUGUGUGUGAAAGUGAGAGUGAUUGGAGGUUUAAAUACCACUCGGUAUUUUACCUCAUAUAAAACAGUAGGGUUGUAAGCAGCAAACCUCUUGUGGAUGCAAAGGCAAGAUUCUCCCACUCGAAAGAGUUGAAGUGGAGAAUACCACAACAAGGUAUUUUUAAUUGCUGGCCUACUGAAACAAACUCCAGUUCAUAGGACUCCCUAGGAGUCAACGAACCUGGACCAAAUUUAAAUAAAUAAAUUUUUGAAGCUAAAAUAGCAAACCAAAGGUAAAUAAAUUAAUAAUUUUUCAAAUUAAAAUUGCAAGUACUUUAAAUAAUGGGAAACACGAAUUCUUGUAAUUCCUCACUUGCUGAGGGUCCCGAAGAGGAUGAGAAGUACAUGCUGUCCAGAUUUCCUGGUAGCACUGUAUACAUGACAAAAUGGAAGAAGAAAUAUGGAGUAGAGGGAAAAUUAAAAUUUGAACAAUGGCAAAUUGUAGUGAAAACUUUGGAGAACAGUGUAAUGGGAAAAAGAGGAAGAAAAAAGGCGAAAAAGGAGGAGGAGUUGAGUAGUGCUAAAUUAUGGUUAAAAGAAUCCGAGAACUUAUUUAUAAGAACGAAAGAAAGCACACGGAAUGCUGUAACGGUGCAGGGAGCACAAGCUCCUGCAGCCACUCCUCCCCCCACCGCUGCAGCAGCUCCGUCUGCCCCAGUAUCAGCCGCUGCAGUCCCAGCAGCACGACUGUACCCCUCACUAGACGAAGGGGCACAAGACUUAUAUGUUUUCAGACCCUGGACCUUAGAAGAGGCCAGGAAGGCUGUGGAAGGAAUAACACCUGCAGCAGAGGAUCCCGAUAUAUGGGUAGAAGACAUGACUGGAUUAAUUCAUUCCUAUAGAUUAAAUGGGAUAGAAGCAGGGGAAGCUGCAAUGUCCUCACUAGGGAAAGACUGGGCAAAAGUAAGAGGGAAUUAUACGGGAAAAAUAACUGAUCAAAAUGGCAGAUUAGGCCCAAUAAAAUACCCUAUGGGAGCUAAUCCAGAACUGAGUGAAGCAUUCAAAGCACAAUGGGAUCCAUUAUGUGAAAGAGUCAAAAGAAAUUUUCGCAAAAAAGCAAACUACCGCCACUUGGCAGGGAUAAAACAAAUAGCUGGAGAAAAAGUAGAUGAUUUCCGUUUGCGUUUUGAAAAAGAGUUUAAAAUGCAUAGUGGGAUAACUUUUAAUGAAGAUGACACCAGUGCAUAUCAGCAGCAACUGAAAAAUGCUUUGCUGACGGGCUUUCGCCCUGAAAUUGGGGGAUGGAUAAGAAAACACCUGGUUGAAAUUGAAACUGUCCCUGUCUCACAAUUAACCACGUGGGCAAUUCAUGCUGAAAAAAUCUUUGAAAAACCUAAUCAAGGAUUAGAUGUUUUUCAGCUGGAUGAAUUUGGAGGUUUAGGAACCUCUGCCUUUUUCAACGGCCCGAUGAAAGGCCGCAGAAAAAGCAGAGACAGAGGAGGUCGCACUAGGCGACGAACAAAAAAUGAUACCCCACAAAAUCCACGCAGUCCAAAUGGCUGCUGGAUUUGUGGCGGUACUGGCCACUGGGCAAGAAACUGCACUUUAAAGAAUGCUGCACGGGACAACAGGAGGGGUGGUGGAGUGAGGAGACCUCAAACAGGAGUAAUCCUCAGCAUGAUCAGAGUUUAUCACACCCCAAAAAGACAAACCACCACACCAAACUGAUGAAAUGGUGGACACAUGUGCAGCUUGGGAUACGUUAAGUAGAAUCAUAAAAUAAAUUGAAUUUCUGUGCGAUACCGGUGCA